AUGGGCACCAAGGAGCGCACGAAGGAUGGCAGGGGCAAUUUCCCGCAGACUGCGGUGGACUACAACAUCCUCUCCAACAUGCCGUUUCGGGACCAUCACUGGGCCAAGCCCGACGAGCGGCCUCACCUGAAGGAGAAGUCCCCAAGAGGGCGGAAGGUCCCAGCAUUCCUUUGCAAGGACUUCGACAUCAUCAACAACCGCUACUUGGACAACCACUCGGAGAAGUUGCGCCAAGAGAAGCAUGUGAACUUGCUUGAGGCGACAGACAAACACAUGGCCAAGAACGCCUACGAUCCCCUCGUGGGCAAGUUCAUCGACCCGUACCGAGAAGAGCGCCUGAAGAGCAUCGACCACACAAGAGAGGUGGAGAUUGCGAUGCGCGGGAAUGCUCAGUUCCCUCCCUCCUACAAGGGCCGGGAGACCGCUGCGUAUGGCAUUUUGUCUCAUGAGACCUACGAUGCUGACAUGCUCCGGCUCUUCGACACCAUGCAAAAAGAGCGCACGGAUCGGUACAAGAAUCGGUACAUCGUCGACCACAACUUCCACGCUAGGGACAUCAAAGGCGACCACAUCCGUGAGGUCCGCCAGCUGAACCGCGUGGCGCCCGAGAGAUACGAGGAGCAGCGCCGCCGCGGCUACGACAUCAUUGAUGGUAAGGGCUACGGCCCCGGGGCCAAAGAAAAGCAUCUGCACGACGCGUAUCCCAAGAAGAGGCCAACGCCCUGGGAGAAGGCCGAAAGCACCGGCCUGGCCGUGGGGUGCCCCUCCCCCUUGGGCAUCCGAAGAUCUUUCCGACGUCUCUUUCCUCAACUACGACAGGGGCUAUGGAGAGGGUUGACGACUUGA